AUGUUAAAGACACAAGUGAUUAUUUGCAUCUUCCAGUUUUCCUUGUUAUAUUGCCAUUUGAUCCACAGAAUCAUCGAUCUACAAUCCAAAUUAAUGAUCGCUAUUGAUGUGGCCAAAGGCAUGGAAUACCUUCACAACCUGACUCAACCAAUCAUACACCGAGAUCUCAACAGCCAUAACAUCCUACUGUACGAAGAUGGCCAUGCUGUGGUAGCUGAUUUUGGAGAAUCCAGAUUCCUUUUGUCAAUGGAUGAAGACAACAUGACAAAGCAGCCAGGGAACCUGCGCUGGAUGGCUCCUGAGGUAUUCACACAGUGUACCCGUUACACCAUCAAAGCCGAUGUGUUCAGUUAUGCCCUGUGUCUGUGGGAGCUGCUGACUGGAGAAAUCCCCUUUGCCCACCUCAAACCUGCUGCUGCUGCUGCUGAUAUGGCAUACCACCAUGUCCGCCCUCCGGUCGGCUACUCUAUACCCAAACCUAUCUCGUCUCUGCUGAUCAGGGCUUGGAAUGCAUGUCCUGAGAGAGCUACAAGCUACAUAAGCCCAGAGCUGACACUGAACCAUCGCUGUGGCUCUGCACCAGUCAUACCUGCUGGCUACACACAAAGUGAAUUCACAGAGAUAAACUCAAACAAAGAAUUACCACUAAACCUCUCUGUUCUCCGUCGGCAAAAGUGA